AUGAAUUUAUAUACAUGUACAUCUGAUAAGUGCCUUUCCACAGGAGAUGAGUGUUUACAAUUGCGAAAUACCGAAGAUUUUUUUCGAAAAAGAAGUUUGAAAUUUUCCAAAUUAGAUGCGACAUGGAUACAUUUUGCUCCUUUUAUUGUAAGUCCCACAGAAGGCAUUCAUGUAGAAGUCAUCAAUAUGAUUGCAUCUUAUUUACACGUGAACAUUAAUUAUGUAGAAUCACAAAGCCUAAUCAAUCCCUUGGCAGUAGAACCUAAGUUUAAAGAAAAUUUUUAUGACUUUUCUGUUGUGCCUUAUGUUAAUGAAACAACCCAGUUCGAUAAAACCAUGACCUUUACAGAAGAUGUACCAGUUUACGUAACACCUAGAAUUGUUAUUAAUAAAAAAUGGCAAAUUUUCUAUCGAGAGUUUGAUAACAAAAUUUGGAUAUGUUUUUUCAUAAUGAUUGUAUUCUUAUACAUACUUUUUAAAUUCAGCCAUCUAAUAUUUCCUUAUAAGAGCGAUUUCUCUGCGUUUGAAAUUAUUUUAGGAGUCCUUUUAGGAAGCAUUGGAGAGAUUAACACUAGAACUAUUUCACUAAAACUUUUGUUAACUUUGUAUGUUUUCUUUAGUCUCUUGUUUACAACUAUUUAUAGAAGCAAAAUGUUCGAUAUGAUGAAGACAGAUUUAUCGACCCAAUUAAUUACAUCCAGAGAGGAUAUUUUGAAGUCAAAUUUAAAGAUUGGUAUGCCUGGUGCACCGUUUAUUCGGCUACUUAAAUUAUCACAAAAUCCAUUCGAAUCAGCUUUGGUAGCAAAUGACCGUGUAAUCAACUGUUUUAACUUUACUGCAUGCGUGGAUAGAGUAGUUUUUAAUAAAGAUAUCAUUGCAAAACGCUUGAUCAAAGCAAUGCAAUUCUUGAUCCCAGCCAUAUAUUUAGACUCAAAGGGAAGAUCGCUUAUAUAUAUUAUCAAAGAUCCGGAUGUAGUUCCUUUCCAUUUCGGGAUACUUUUUCUUAAAGGGCAUCCUUUAUUUGAAAAAUUCAAUAAGAAUAUUCUCUUACUUAAAGAAGCUGGCUUUAUUAGACAUUUAUGCAAAAUCUACGAAAGUAAUUACGAAAAAGCUAUGAUUUUGGCACAAAACAAGCAAGCUUUGCAGUACUCAAAACUACAAUUAGAAACUCUAGAAUCUACGUUUUUCAUCUAUUUAUUUGGUAUAACUGCCAGUAUAAUUGUGUUUUCUAUAGAAACUUACCUUUAA